AUGCCAACCAACUGGGCAGACGAAGUCGAUGGAGUUGAGGCGCCUCAGACGUUCACGGACGCAAAUGGAAUCACGACUCAUAUUGAGUUCCGAAUCAAUGACGAUGGCAAGAAAGUCAAGAUUACUCGUCGUACUCGCAAUAAGUUGAUCCACGACAAGGUCAACAAGGCCGUCGCCGCACGCAAGAAAUGGCCAAAGUUCGGAAAGGAGAGAGGAAACAAACCAGGUCCAGAUCCAGCAACGACCAAUGUGGGCGACAACAUCAAGCUGAAGCUCUCGUCGACAGGACAGGUUGUACAGGAUGUGGAUGAGAAGCAUGAGGCGAUGAAGGCUCAGUUGCAGAACAAGAAGAUUCUUUGCCGUAUCUGUAAGGGGGACCAUUUCACGACCAAGUGCCCCUACAAGGAUUCCUUGGGCAUGGAGGAUGCCGCCGCCACGCUUACCCCUGCCGAGGAACCUGCUGCCGAGGAGCAACAGAGUGGAUCAAAGUAUAUUGCGCCACACAUGCGUGCAGGCGCAUCCUCGGGAGGCUCAGGCAGUGCUGGUCCUGAUUCUCGAGAGAAGCGCGACGAGCAGCCUACGCUCCGUGUCACCAACCUGUCUGAAGAUGUCACUGAGGCCGAUGUGUCCGAACUGUUCAAGCGGUUCGGUCAUAUCUCGCGUGUCUUCUUGGCGCGUGACCGUGAGACGGGUGCCUGCAAGGGGUUUGCGUUUGUCUCGUUCACGAUGCGUGAGGAUGCUCUUAGGGCGUUGGAGGCUAUUGAUGGUCGUGGAUACGAUAACCUGAUUCUCAGAGUCGAAUGGGCGAAAUCGUCGGCGUAA